AACUCCCAAGACACAAACACUGAUUUUAUUAAAUUAAUUAAAAAUUUCAAUAUGUGCUCCGACGAGAAUUGCCGUUGCAUGGACACUUGCUGCUGUUCAUUAAAAACAAAAUCGUUAUUCUCGUGUAUUUGGCAUUUGGUACAUUGUGUCAUUGUUUUAAUUAUGGGCGCUGUCGAUCUAACCGCGGCUCUACAAAUAACGCAGUAUUCUCCAGUGGGUGCGAUAAACAACAGUUCGAGUCUGAACUAUAUACAUGCUUUGGAUAUAUGCUCUAUUGUUUGCGGUGCAAUUGGUAUUAUCAGCGGCCUUAUGCAAUUAAUUGGACACUACUGGCUAAUUGGUUGGGUGUAUAUAAUCGGUUUGGGUAUUAGCAGCCUUGUUUGCUUUAUAUCUUACGGAUUUAUUUUCAUAUACGCCUUCAUUGUUCAAAUUUUUUGCAUUAUAUGGUGCACUAGAUACUAUAUCACGGAAGCGGAAUAAUAAAAAACAAUGUUAAGCUAUGAAUAAUAAUCCAAUUUAAGUACGCACUUGUUUUAAAUUCUAUUCAUAUG